AUGGCUGGAGAUAAGGAGAAUACUGUGGAGAAGGACAAUUUAGAUGCAUCAAAUCCCCUCUACAUGCAUCCAUCAGAGAGUGCAGCUUCAGUGUUGGUACCUGUGGCCUUUGAUGGCACAGGAUACAGAUCUUGGAGAAGAGGUGUGCUUAGAGCUCUUUCAGUAAAGAACAAAGUUGGCUUCAUAACUGGAAAGUGUCAGAAGCCAACAGUAGGACAUGCAACUUUUGAUCAAUGGGAGCGAUGUGAUGAUAUGGUUACUUCAUGGAUCUUAAAUUCCCUUUCAAAGGAUCUAGCGGAUAGCUUGCAAUACGUGAGUGAUGCAAAGGAGCUGUGGCAGGAGUUGGAAGAUAGGUAUGAUCAGACUAAUGGAGCAAAGCUCUAUCAACUUCAGAAGGAAAUAAAUGACUUGAGCCAAGGAACCCUUGAUAUAACGAGGUAUUACACAAAGAUGAAGAAGUUGUGGGAGGAAUUGAACACAUUGAAUGCACAUUCACAGUGCAACUGCCAGUGCACCUGUGGAGCUAAAGCCAACAUGCACAAGGCUGAGCAGGAUAGGAGGUUGAUACAGUUUUUAAUGGGCCUAAAUGAGGUAUAUACUAUCGUGAGGGGGAGCAUAUUGAUGAUGAAUCCUCUCCCAAGCAUUGCUCAAACUUUCUUUAUUCUCAUACAAGAGGAGAAGCAAAGGGAAGUUAAGCCACAGAAUCAACAGUUAGUAAUUGAAUCCACAUCAUUGAAUGUUAAUGGUCCAGGAAGCAACACCUUUAGGAAAAACUAUAACCAACACAUUGGAAACAAUAGCUAUGGAAGAGGCUACAUGAGGAAUAGACAUAGGCCAUUCUGUGAUUUCUGCAAGAGGCCAGGACACACUAAAGAAAAAUGCUAUAAACUACAUGGAUACCCUCAAAAUUUUAAGUACAACAAUAGCAACAGAGGAAGGAAACUAGCAGCAAAUGUAUUUGAAGCAGCAAAUGAUGGAGCAGGUAUGCCAGAUGAAGGAGGAAGUCAUCAAGAGCAGGGCAGGACUAUGCAGCAAUUAAGCAAAGAACAAUAUGGACAACUACUGAACAUAUUGGAGACCUUUAAGAAUGGAAACAAUGGAGACAAUUCUGGAAACAUAAGCAUGACUGGAGGAGCUGUCAAUUUUGCAGGUGUUAAUGCCUUUCAUUCUUCUAUUGAGUCAAACAAACAGUCUUAUGAAAGUUUCAAGGAAAAUGCUGAUUCAUGGAUCCUUGACUCAGGAGCUACUAACCAUAUGACCUAUAACAAGCCUCAUUGA